CUUCCAACAACAAGCGGUAGUUAAUAUGGCCGACCUAGGGAAGAAAUACUGCGUGAACUGCUUGGCAGAUGUUACGAAUUUGCGGAUUCGCUGUGCCGAAUGCCAGGAUAUUGAACUUUGUCCGGAGUGCUUCUCCGCAGGUGCCGAAAUCGGUAACCACAGGCGAUGGCACGGCUAUCAGCAAGUUGACGGCGGGCGCUUCUCGCUCUGGGGUCCAGAAGCAGAGGGAGGAUGGACCAGCAGGGAAGAGCAGUCGCUGCUCGAUGCCAUCGAGCAAUAUGGAUUUGGUAACUGGGAGGAUAUGGCAGCCCACGUGGGUGCAUCGCGCACCCCUCAGGAGGUCAUGGACCAUUAUGUGAUCAUGUAUAUCCAUGGGAAUCUGGGCAAAGCCUGCAUCCCUGACAGCAUCCCCAACCGCGUGACAGACCACACUUGUCCCAGCGGAGGUCCGCUGUCUCCUAGUUUGACUACCCCAUUGCCCCCAUUAGACAUAUCUGUGGUAGAGCAGCAGCAGCUGGGAUAUAUGCCACUCCGUGAUGACUACGAGAUCGAAUAUGACCAAGAGGCAGAGAAACUCAUCAGUGGCCUGUCUGUGAACUACGAUGAUGAAGAUAUCGAGAUCGAGAUGAAACGAGCUCAUGUGGACAUGUACGUGCGGAAGCUUCGUGAGCGCCAGCGACGGAAAAACAUCGCUCGUGAUUACAAUUUAGUGCCAGCCUUUCUGGGACGGGACAAAAAGGAUAAAGAGCGAGAACGAGCAGGUGGGACAGGAGUGGUUGGGGGUGUAGGUGGAGCUGUAGGACUGGGAGGUGGCACCACCAUCAUUCCGACAGUGUCGCUGGGCUCCUCUGUAGCAGCAACACCGAAACGCAAAAUCACCAAGGAAGAGAAAGAGCAACGGACGAAACUACGAGCACUCUGCCAGUUCAUGCCACAACGUGAGUUUGAAGAGUUCUUCGAUAACAUACACAAAGAGCGCAUGCUACGGGCGAAAGUUCGUGAGCUUCAGCGUUAUCGGCGGAAUGGCAUCACGAGACUCGACGAAUCAGCCGAGUAUGAGGCAGCACGUCACAAACGAGAAAAACGGAAAGAGAACAAAAGUAUUUCUGGGUCAAAGAGAGGCAGCAGUGGUGGAGGAGGAGUGACUGGGCUUGGAGGAGGAGCUGGAGCAGGAGGUGGGCUUGGAGGAGGUGGAGGAGUCAAUGCCAUCAAAGAGGAGGGGAAGGACAGUGAGUUCUCAGCCAUCGAGAACCUGUCUGGCUUUGAGCUGCUGUCUGACCGGGAGAAGGUACUGUGUAACUCUGCGAACCUGAGUCCCACACGCUAUCUGACUGUCAAGACUAUCAUCAUCAAAGAUCAUCUACAGAAAAGGCAAGGCAUUCCCUCGAAAAGCCGCCUACCCAGCUACCUGGACAAGGUGCUGAAAAAACGGAUUCUGAAUUUCCUGUCAGAGAGCGGCUGGAUAUCCCGAGAAGCCUCGUAACCACACUGUCCAAAGAUUUGGCUGUAAGAAUUAUAACUGUAAAUAUAUUUUUCUACUGUUUUAUAUUGCAUCUCAGAAAAGCCUGUGAGAGCUAAAUGACUGUAGGUGCCAGACUACUGGUUGUGGACCUUCAAUGAGUCUAACAUGUCUGUCUUUGAUCUCAGAUCUCCUCAUCGAAACAUCAUCAGUGUCCAUGGGGAACUUUCCCGCAAGUUGUCCUGUGUAAUAUAUAUCAGAAUAACUACACAAAAACCCAUUGCCCCACGUUAAAAUGCCUCCGUUUUAAAAGGUGUUGAAUAUUCCCUGCCAAUAGAGUAUGAACAGAAUGUUUAUUGUUGUACCAAGCAGAUAUUCAAAAUUGGUUCCGAGUUUCUUUCCUUUUUAUUUUUUUGUAAUAAGAUGGAAAUUAGGUCAGAGCCUUGUUCUGCCUGCCAGAAGUCUAAAGUUCCCAUGUUCUAACCUGAAUUUAGAUUCAGUUAGAUGUAUUUUGUUGUGUCAGUUGUGGGAAUGUGAGUCACAUGAAGCAUGCUCCAUAGUUUCUAAAUGUCUAAAAGUUCAUGUUUGAUUAUUAUUGUUUUUUGGAGUUGACCUUUGUAGAAACAGUAAAAUGGCACACAUCCAGGCCCUGAUCACAAAUCAAGAACAUCUACCACAAUGCUCCUGUUUCAAGAGAGUAUUAUUCUGUUUGUUGGGUAAAGUGAGGGUUAAAUACACCAUCAAGGGUUCUCAUCUCAACAUGUACACAGUUUAUAAGCUGAGACUGUAUGUUACAACUACAUACUACAUUUUUUUUACAUUUCCAAAUGCCUUGACAACAUCUUAAUGCAAUACCAAAUCUUAGAAAAACAUAUUUUCCCAUGAUUUUUAACGUUAUUAUUGACUGUUUGUGUCUACCCCAAAGCUGUAGAAAACUAAAAAAAGCACUGUUCAAAGGUUUACAUUUUGUUUUGUUUUUAAAUCUUUAAUAUAUUAAAGUGUCAAAUAGAAUAGAUAGGUGCAGUCUAACUUUUAGCCUUUUUUAUGAGUACAGUAUUGGAAAUAACAGUGUUUAAGCCAAGUUUGUGGUCCUCAUCUUUUUUUAUACCCUGUAAUUUUUGACUCCAGACAUUGGUACACAGUCUCAUAAACUGUCAUUGGUUGUAUAGUAUGCUUAUGUUGUGUGUCUUGAAGCAUAUUUACCUUGGUUGAUGUUUUUAAUCCUUUUCCUUGUAAUUAAUAUUUUAUUUUAAUAUUAAAUUACCACAUCAAAAGUCUUUCAAUGGUGGAAGGAACUACCCCACACAAAUGUAUGACUAAAGCCAUUAAAAGUAGGUGUGCAAAGUUGAAAGAUAAACUCAGCCAAUAGUCUAAAUAUAUCUGAUGUUACCAUUUGAUAGAUUAUGAAUGUAGGUAUGAAGACACUGUGUUAUAUAAUUAUGAUGCAAAUGUGGAUGGGACUCUUCUCUUUCCAUGGUAUUCUGCGUCUGUUUCAUUUGUAUAAAGGUGCUUACAGUUUUAGAAAGGGUUAAUCUUCAGGUUGUGCUUUAUGAUUAUAGGAAACAGGAUCACUGGUUAAAGAACCCAAAACAUUCUUUAAGACUAGUUUAGUCACACACCAACAUUUUUAUUUUUUUUAGGAGAAAUUGACCAGUUUAUUUAACAGUUUAUAAGGGUAUUUUACACUUUAAAUAAUCAUUCAAUAUGCAAUUUCAGAGAGCAUAAUUAUUUUUCUAAAGUGAAAACGGAUUUGAAAGAAAAUGUGAGCGGGGAUAUGAGACUGAACAUGACAUCACAAAGACACUACCACAAGUACAUUUUUAUAAAAUAAAAUUUAAAACAAUGUGACAUUAAAUUAUAAUUUUUUUGCUUAGUUAUGACAAUGUUUUCUGGUAAAAUUGUCCAUUUGGACGGAUCAUAUUUGAUAAAUGUUGAGGAUGUGAAAAGUUUUGUAUUGCAUAUGUCAUGUUAUUUCCUACUUUGUAUUAAAGUGUUUAAAUAUGA